GGAGCAAACCCGGAAUUCUGGAUUUUCCAGCCCUCCUCCCACAGCGCUGUAAUUACCCACGCUGUUAAUUAAUGACUUUUGGGGAAGAUUUUUUUUUUUGGGUGCGUGCGGAGCCCUCGCCCCUCCCUCCCCUCCCCACAAAUAACCGGGGCGAGUUCCCGAGGUUCCCAAAUCAUCUUUUUUGAGGGAUCAUGGAGCUCUGGAUCCUCCUGCUCGGGGCUGGAAUCGCGGCCGGCCAUCUGUACACGGCGCCGGGCUCGUGCCAGGGCCGCUGCGGGGAGCCCUUCAGCGCGGGGGACGAGUGUCAUUGUCACCCUGAGUGUGACACCGAGCGCAACUGCUGCGAGGACUUCGACAGGCACUGCGGGGAUGCCGGAUUCUCCCGCAGCCGCGAUUCCAUCUCGGAGCCGGAGCUGCUGCAGCUCUCGGAGCAGCUUUACCAGCUCGAUCUCAACAAAGCCCGGCCCGGCGACAUCGCGCUCAACCCGCAGCACCGCGCGGAGCCCGGCGACACCGGCGACAAACGGGACCUGUCCCCGCAGCCGCUUUUCAAAUUCGUGAACGAGGAGCUCUUCUCCAAACCCACCUACGCCAGCUUCAUUAAGCUGCUGGAUAAUUACCAGAGGGCCACGGGCACCGAGGAGGAGGUGACGGCCGAGGAGCUGCGGGAGCAGGAGGAUUUCCUCCAGGAGGUGAUGAAAACGCAGCUGAUGAAGAAACUUUUUGUGUUCCUGAAGGGGAAAAAUCGCUGCAGCUCCGAGCAGGAAUUCCUGGAGCUCCUCAGGGAAAUGUGGUUCGGGCUCUACUCGCGAGGGGACGGCGAGCGCGACUCCAGCGGCUUCGAGCACGUCUUCUCAGGUGAGGUGAAGAAGGGGAAGGUGUCGGGGUUUCACAACUGGAUCCGGUUUUACCUGCUGGAGAAGCAGCAGCUCCUGAACUACCUGAGCCACAGCUUCGACGGGCCCUGGGACUCGUUCCCGGAUGUUUUGGGGCUCCGUUUCAGCUGGGACGGGUUCCACAAGGAGCUCGGCUCGGCCUUCAUCGGCUCCAGCCCCGAGUUCGAGCUCGGCCUCUACUCGCUCUGCUUCCUGGCGCGGCCCGGCCGAGCGUGCCACCUGAGCCUGGGGGGACACCCCCUGAGCAUCCAGACGUUCCCCUGGAGCAAAGGCACGGCCAGCAGCGGCCGCAGCUUCAUCGCCACCGCCUACGUGAUGUCACCCUGA